AUGUCUAUCGCGAGGGGUAGCUCAACGGGAAGCCCCAGAAUUGAGAUUACAGAAAUCCGCGUUUCAUCCCAGCACAUCCUCAAAUCGGUCCAGCUUUCGAUUGGAUCGUUCGAGCAGGAAUCACCCUGUCUCCUGAACGCAAAGACCCACAACUUUGAGUUGUCAUCCCCCUGCAUUGGACGACAAACCCAGUCAAAGCAGUCAACUUUCGCCUUCAAAGCCCCUCUAUCUGCAAGACUUUCUACUCUAGAAUGGUCAAAAUCAUUUGACAACUUCAAUGUCGUCCUGAAGUUUAGCCAAUACGCAGGGAAUGCUUCGACCGAUGCGGAAUCCUCGACGGGUGGCGACCUGCAACCAACAACGGAUGUGUUAUUCAAGUUGGUCGAACGGUUCCGAGUCCUGGUCAUCGGCAACGUAGUUCUCUCAUGCCUCUACCCUCAGGUACUAACCCACAGUUUGUUUCCACAGAGUGGUGUAGGGAAAUCAUCCCUUAUCAACGAAUGCUUCGGAGUCACGGAAGCUAGCGUGUCUCACGCAAAUGCUGGCAUAUCAGAUAUCGGUACUGCAAUUAUAGCAAAGGAAAACGGAAGGUUUGUUCUGCACGACAGUCAGGGCUUUGAGCAUGGGGAGGAUGACAACUUCAAGAAAGUCAUCGAUUUCUUGAAAGCUCGGAAGGACAUGCCCAAUGUGAGGGAUCAGGUACAUGCUGUCUGGCUUUGUUUCCAAGUGUCCUUGUCUGAAGGUGACCGUUUGUUCGAGGCUGGGGUGGAGGAGUUAUUCCGCAUGAAGUCCAACGGAGACCUUGGCCCUGAACAGAUUGAAUUUGGUAACAAUCUAGAGUUCCACAAACGCAACAAACAUUUGGAUCGGGAAACCCGAAAUGCACGUCUUGCUGAGGAGACAAGUGCAAAGUUUGAAGAAUUGUGUCUUGGUCCCUUCAAAAACGCCAUUAAUAAAGACAUUCCGCACGUCGCCGUUUCAACCAAUAAAGAAUAUCAAGAUACCAGAAAGAUGUUGAACGAGCUUGUCCGUCUCACUGCUGACUGUGUUAAAAACUCCCUGGCGGUUGACGCCGAGGAUGUUGCGCUGGUGUCCGCCAUCGCCCAACGCGUGAAUCUGGCUGUGAAGAUUGAUGCGGUGAUUGCUUGGGAAGAAACGUAUGAGUUUUUCGGUUAUUGGAUGGGUCUCGCGGCUAGCGUGAAUUUUCCGGGAAAGACUAUAGAAGCGUGUCUACAGGUUCUACACACCGAUAUCGUUCGAUUGUGCUGUCAGUACCUGGAAAGCAAGGAACUGAAAACGCUAAUGACCGCACUUGUUGGGAAUCAAUGUGACGAGCUCCGAAAUCCCAACACAACCUUUGCCUUGAUGGCCAUUUUGGAUUCACUUCCACAUGCCGCUCCAAUCGUGGUUCCCAUCGUUGCGACUUUCGUCCUUGUGAAAUGGGUUUACGACGUGUACGAGCAAUCGUAUGUCUUCCUCGCUAUGCAAUGUCAAAACACUAAACGGGAAAAACUCAGGGCCCUCAUGUUACAACGUUUAAUGGCGUACAUCGUUGACUUCACAAUUAUUAUGCAAGUAAUUUUCGGCCUCGUGGUGAACGCCCGUUUGCGCCUUUCCCGCCGCCUGAUCAAGCUCGUCCUCAACACGUACAAUAUUUCAGAGGAAAAGCGCACAGUUCAUAAGGAGAUCAAGGAACAUGUGAAGCUGGCAGGCCGCUUUGACCGGGAUGCAGCUCUGGCGAAGAUCAUCCAAUUGAUCAAGGAGUACCAAAUGAAACCCGAGAACAUGGAGGAGUUACAAGCUAAGAGGUUCGAGAACAAUGACGACGAGGAUUGGGGCGUGUGCGAAGCGUGA